AGCCAUAAGAGCUGCUGUGCUGAUUCAGCGAUGGUACCGUCAGUAUGUUGCCCGCACAGAGAUGAGACGGAGGUACACCUGGCACAUCUUCCAGUCCAUCGAAUACUCUGGAGAGCAGGCCCAGAUAAAGCUUUAUAAUUUCCUCGGUUACCUCAUGGACAAUUUCACACCAUCAUGCAACGAGCGAAAUCUGAUCUCGCACAUCUUCCGAGAGAACGAGAUUUGCCGGGAUGCAGAGUGGGAGAGGUACUUCUGCUACAAGAACAUCGAGGUGCCAGAGAUUUACUCCGGACCACACCUCACCUUUCCCCUGACGGUGGACCAGGCGGUCGGGCUGGUGGAGGCUUUCAGAAACAAGAAACAGUUGCACUCACGCUACGUCCUCCAGCUCUUUCUUGAGACGUGGAAACGGCUCCGGUUGUUGCCAAACAUCAACCGCAUCUCCACCUGCCAAAGCAAAGAAAUCUGUGUUUGUGGGGAUUUACAUGGACAGCUGGAGGACCUUCUGCUGAUUUUUUACAAGAAUGGCAUGCCAUCCUCAGAGAAUCCCUACCUGUUUAACGGAGACUUUGUAGACCGAGGCAAGGACUCCAUUGAGAUCCUCAUCAUCCUGUUUUCAUUCCUGCUCGUCUACCCAAGUGACGUUUUCCUCAACAGAGGAAACCAUGAGGAUCAUAUAGUAAACCUGAGGUAUGGCUUCACAAAGGAGGUGUUAUCUAAAUACAAGAUGUACGGCAAACGCAUCCUCAAGCUGCUGCAGAAAAUUUUCAGCUGGUUGCCUUUAGCAACUAUAAUCGAUCAGAAGGUGCUGGUGCUGCACGGGGGGAUUGCCGAUACCACAGACCUCGGCUUUCUCGCCAGAGUGGACAGACACACUUAUGUUUCAGCUCUCAGGCCUCCAAAAAAGAAAAACCAAAGCCAUUCUGUGAGGUCUGUCGACUCGGAUGUAGAUGAGGACAGCUGGUCCCCCAACCGACUCAGCCAGCGUCGGAUCUCCCUCGCGUAUCCCAAACCCUUCGGAACCCGAGACAGCUUCCCCAACCGCUCUCUGCAGGACUUCUCAGACCGGAUUAAAGUGGUGGACGAGCUGGAGUUGUGCAGGAGAAAGCAUACACUCUUCAGCCCGGGGAUGCAGCGAUCACAGAAAGAGUUGACUCCGUCUGCGUCCACAGACUCCAUCAACAGUGACACUUCCAAGGAUGAGUGGAGACAGAUCCUGGACCUGCUGUGGAGUGACCCAAUGUCUUCAGAGGGCUGCAUACCCAACGAGGUGCGGGGCGGAGGCUGCUACUGGGGCCCCGAUGUCACUGAAGACUUCCUGAACAAACACAACCUUCAGCUCCUGAUCCGCUCUCAUGAAUGCAAACAGGAAGGUUAUGAGUUCUGCCACAACCGUAAGGUCCUCACUCUGUUCUCUGCCUCCAAUUACUAUGAUGUGGGAAGCAACAGGGGGGCCUAUGUAAAGCUGGGUCCAGACCUUGUGCCUUAUGUGGUUCAGUACCAGGCGAGCAGCAUGACCAGAGAGCUCACUGUGAGGCAAAGUGUUGGGCGAACCGAGCGCUCCGCCCUCAAAGUCCUACGGGAGCAGCUGUUUGCACACAAAUCUGACCUCAUCUGUGCCUUCAAGCAGUACGACACCCAAAACACAGGUCUUGUGACUGUGAAUGACUGGGCCUCAGCAGUGGAGAGUGUGAUGUUCCUUGGUCUGCCCUGGAGGAUGCUGCGCAGUCAGCUGGUCUCCCGCAGGUCCAGUGAUUGCAUGAUCGACUACUUCGAGUGGUUCAACGAGCUCGCAAUCAAAGGAUACAACACUGAUCACAUCGACCAGAGUCUGCUUGAGACUUUGUACCGCCACCGCGCCACCUUGGAGACGAUCUUCAGGAUCGUCGACACAGACAACUCAGGCUUCAUCACCAUUGAGGACUUCAGGCAGACGUGGAAGCUGCUGAGUGUAUACCUAAAGAUGGAGAUCACGGACGAGGCCAUCUCCGACCUGGCCGUCACCAUCGACAGCAACCAGGAUGGCAGUAUAGACAUUGACGAGUUCAUGGAGGCCUUCCGUCUCACAGACAAGAAGAGCCGGCUGGAGCGAGGGCGCAGCAUGUUCAUGGGCACAGCCACUGACCUCACCAAGCUGGAUGUAGACCCCAACAUUUAAGCACAGAAGGAGUAAGCAAAGACUGAAUAACAAGAGAGCCCCCUCAGCUCGGACUCUCCUCGGACAGGCAGGAAAGGAGAGUACAGGGAGAAGCAGCCAACACGAGCAGCUUUAAUGACGCACAUACACACGUAGGAUGCUGCUGAGCUACAGCCACGUGGAUCAAAGAGGAUUAGAGAGCGGCUAGAGUUCAAGAUAUUGACAGUAAAUGUUGAUUUCACAUAAAGUGUAGGUUACUCUGCUU